CUUUUGUGACAACCAAUGGCGGUUGAGGAACUGGUGAUUUUCGCAGAGAAAGAUGAGAUAAGGAAAUGGUCAAGAAGCACGAGAUCCCAGGGGAAGACGAUAGGUUCUCUGCCUCCGAGGACCUUUCCACAUACCCAUCUGAUUUUCACGGUGAUAUACUCAAGCUCAAGUCUGUUCCUGGGUGUGUUGAUGCUGUUUUUGCUCCCAAGAAUCUUUAUGACUAUAGGGAAAAUAAGAAGAAGGAGAUCGAUGUUGAUAUGGAAAAUAAAAUUUCUUAUCAGAAAGGGGUGGUGUCAUGUGUGGAGGAGAGGGGAAUGGGGCACGAAACAUGGGUUAGAGUUGAGAAAUUGGACAAAGGAUUGUGUGGGAAAAGUAGGCCUGUGUUCUUUAGAGGGGUUGCUACUAUUGUCUCCAAGUUGUUUAAUAUUGUGGAGCCUGAUGUUGCUGUAUUUGGGAAGAAGGAUUAUCAGCAAUAUCGGAUUAUUCAGCGAAUGGUGAGACAUUUUACUGUUCCUGAUCCUUUAUUUUUGGCAAGAAUGAUUGGAAUGUUGGUUAGAGAUAUAGAUUUUGGCAUGGAAAUUGUGGGGUCUGAUAUUGUGCACGAUAGUGAUGGCCUUGCAUUUAGUUCGCGAAAUGUCCAUCUUUCCCCGGAAGAAAGGGAAAGGGCAUUAUCUAUAAGCAGGUCAUUGUUGAAAGCUAAAUCUGAUGCAAAAAUAGGUCUUGUUAAUUGUAAAGAAUUGACAGAUACAGUCGUACAAACAAUUACUCAAGCUGGGGGAAGAAUUGAUUAUGCUGAGAUUGUGGAGCAAGAGAGUUUGGAGGCAGUGGAAGGGAUCAAGAACCCUGUUGUGUUCUGCAUUGCUACUUGGUUUGGAAAGGUUAGGCUGAUUGAUAACAUAAAAAUCAGCGUAUCAAACAAUGCCUCCAUUGAUUUACUUUUCAUGCCCUAAGAGGACCUAACUGUUUUUCUGAGCUUCAAACUUCCUUGGCAACUCUUUCUUUUUUAUGGUUAAUGGCAGCAUGAUUUGAAUUAUAGAAAAUUGCAAAUGUCUGUGUCAUUUCUAGGUCCAUUUCUGUGAGCUGUCACAGGAAACAGACAACAAGAAGGGCCAAUGCUCAACAUGUUGCUGUGAACAUCACCAGUAGUGGGAAGAUGCCAAUAAUCUGGGAACAUCACA